AUGGGCUCUCUCUGGGGCCUGGCUCUGCCCCUUUUCUUCUGCUGGGAGGCUGGGCUGUCUGGCAGCUCCACAGGCCCCAGCACCAGCAGACCAGACACCUUGGUGACAACAAAUGACAUAGAAGUACCUCCUGUGACUCCAGGGACCUCAGCACCAGGCCACGUCGCUUUGGAAACUCAAACUAUGAGCAUCGAGACCUUUUCUAAUCUCUUAAUCCCAGCCAGCACCAUUCUCGAAGAAGAGACCAGGGAAACCGAGACUGUUUCCCCUGCAACAGAGACCAGGACCCUCACAAAAAUAAUACCUCCCAAGUUCAUGGUUGUGAUCACCGCCUGUAUGGAGACAUCAGCCUCAAGUGGCAGCCCCACGGGAACUGGAAUGACCACAGUUGAGACUGUCACAGGCAGUGAUCCUGUGGACACCAUCUUUCACACCCUUUGUACCGAUGACAGCUCUGAAGAGGCAAAGAGGGUCACAACUGAUGUUUUGACAUCGGCCCACAGCUCCAGGGAAGCUGAGGGCCUGUCCUCAGAGAGCAGCUCCUCCUCCGACAGCUCAGUUCCAGUCAUCACCACCUCACGAGCCCUGGACCCUGGCGUCACUAUUCCAGUGGAAGGUUUGGUUGCCUGCACCGUCACCCACUUUGAGGUUACCAACUGCAGUGUAGCAGAAACAGAAACAGCAAGCACCGCCAGCCCCGGGGCCUCGGACACAGAUCACAGCCCCACAGGAGUGAAGGCCUCGUCCACCUCUGAUACGUCAGCUUUGCCAGACCCCUCUGAUGUCAAAUCGUACGUCACCAAGUCCACAACCUCUGCUGAGACCUUGCCAACGUCCGGUGCCACAGAGUCAGCCGCACCUGAUGCCACCAUUGAGACCCCACCCCCCACGAGUAGCACCACAGAGACAGAAACAACAGCAGGCAAGGGCACUACCUUUAGUGGAACUUCAGUGACAGUCAGCAUGGACCCCUCGGGAGAAACCUCGGCCUUCUCUGAGGAGACACCAAGCUACAUCGAAGUCUCGGGAGCAGUCACAGUCACAGAGGCUGGGUCAACAGUGGACAAAGUGACUUCCUCUGCAGGGUCCUCAGCUGCAGUCUACAGCCCCUCAGAAGUAGCCACCAUCAAGAAGUCUACCCCGGCAGAGACGUCUGCCACAGACAGUACAACCAAUGGGCCCUUCCCCACCAGUAGGAGCCCUCUUCCUUCUGUCCCUCCGACUACAGGCAAUGGCAGCCAAGGAACAAACAUCACCUUAGCCAACACCACGACCUCAGCAAAGACUGCAACAAAGCCCCCAACAACCACCACCACCACCGCUCAGACAAGGCAGAACACAACAGCUCCUGCAAGUGGAGAUGGAGGCUUCCUCCUCCUGAGGCUGAGUGUGGUCUCCCCAGAAGACCUCACUGACCCCAGAGUGGCGGAGAGGUUCGUGCAGCAGCUCCACCGUGAACUGCAUACCCACUUGCCUCCUAUCCAAGUCUCCCUACUGCGCUCCAAGAGGGCCUAA